AUGGCGGAAGCAGCGCAGCUCGAUGCCGUCUUGGCAGCCAUGACGCAAUAUACCCCCACGAUUCCGGAUGAACUAGUAGAGUUUUAUCUACACCAGACAGGAUUUGUAACGAAUGAUACGCGAAUUAUCCGUCUCAUCUCUUUAGUCGUUCACAAAUUUCUAUUGGAUGUAACACACGAUGCAAUGCAGUAUCAGCGUAUUCGAUCACAAAAUACGUCAUCCGUGACCACAAGUACAGCUACAGCGUCGUUGACAAGUGGACAGAUCCCUGAUGGAACUUAUACAAGUGGUAGUCACAUUGUCCUAACGAUGGAAGACCUUGCUGCGAGUUUGAAGGAAUAUGGAGUGAAUAUUUGCAGACCUGAGUAUGUUAGUGAUGUAGCAUACGAGCCUACCAUGUAA